UUAUAUUAUCGUCAGCGUGGACUGAAUUCUACAUAAUCCAGUUUUUUUGUAUAUGUACAUACACAAUUUAGACAUCUGUCAUAAAAUCGUAUAUUCGAUCUGUUCUUCAUUUGACGACAAUAGUUUCUCUUUUCAACACAAACGAGUUUAACCUGAUACAUUUAACAAAAAAGAUUUUACACAACCAUAGUCAGGAAUUCUGGCAACACGAGUGGUUGCGUUGUGCGUUGGUUAGUUUCGCGGAAAUUUCUGUAUUUCUUAUAAUUAUUAAAAAAUAUUAAACAAAUAUUUUAAUCGGAAAAAAUAAAUUUUGUACUUUAUAUUUUAUAAUAAAUUAUUUAAAAUCACGAAAUAUACCGCAACUAAACAUAUGCGGCUUAUGAUUUUGUGAAGUGUUAUAAUGUACGAAAAAAUUUUUAAACAAAAAGUGUAAGGCAAUACCCGAAUAAAAAUUGCAUUAACGAAUUUGGAAGCUGCAUUAAAAAUUAAACAAUAUGAGUGAAAAAUCUACAAUGCAGUAUACUGAUAAUAAUGGUGUGUACUAACCUAUAAAAUUUCAUCGGCGUAAACGUUACCGAUUUUGCGUCACUGGUUUUACAUGGGUUCUUGGUCCAUGAUCGGAUUAUUGUAGUUAUUUUCACGACUGGCGUUUGGUUUUAACUGAAUUAUAAUUGUGAUGGCUGAUUUUGAAGGUGACGAUUACCCAUCAACUUCGGUGAUGGCAGAUAUUGCAGAGAAAAGAAGAAAGGCAGCAGAAAGGCAACGCAGAUAUCGAAACAAAUUGAAAAACAAGCCAAUAAGGAAAGUAUACCAACAAUUAUUAUUAAGUAGGGCACGUACUGAUGAACAAAGAAGAAAGAACACAGAAAGGCAACGUAGAUAUCGCGAAAAGAAAAAAAGAUUGGAGGCUAUAGCCCAAGGGUCGCAUGAUGCUGAUAAAUCCGUAGUAAACUGGUAUGACUCGUCAAUUCCAAGGGUUCAAAAAUUUUGCUUCAUGUGUAAUCGUUUGUAUUUUGAAAAUGAUUUGUUCGAAUCAUCGUCUAGAAAUUUUAAUGAUAACGUUCAAGAAAAUUCAAAUUCAAAAAUCUGUUCAACAUGCUACAGUUUGCUCCUCAAAUCCAAGAAACCAGACCAAGGGACACCCUUGGAUUUUGAUCCAUCCAUACCCGAAGAAGAACGGCGUUUUUACAUGAAAAUGUACUCUACUAUUGAUCAAGUACGAGACAAAAAAGUACACUGUACAACAUGUAAAAUUCAUAUAGGCACUGCACCGGCUCAAGAAGAAUUCAUUCGAAUGCAUCCUGUUCUGCGUGUUACACAUUGCAUUAAAUGCCAUGAUUUCUAUAAUAGCGGAGAAUUUAGUAAAGGUGAAGAUGGUUCAGAAUUAUAUUGCCGUUGGUGCGGUCAAGGUGGUGAGGUGUAUUGCUGUUCCAGUUGUCCAUAUGUUUUUUGCAAAUCAUGCAUAGUCAAGAACUUAACGAGAGGUGUCGUAGCUGAUAUUGAACAGAAUGAAAAUUGGAGCUGUUUUAGUUGUGCCCCCAAAAUACUUUGGCCUCUACGAGCACAACAUUGGGCACUUGUUAGUUAUAUUGAAAAACAGAAAAGAGAUAUAUUGGCAAGGAAACUUCCAGAAUCUGAAGAAAAAAUAUUAUUUGCUAUUGAUCGAAGUAAUUGCUGUCGGCAAAGUAAAACUAAAUGUGGUAAUAUGUCUGAUUCUGUUGAAAGUAUUGAUUCAAUUCACUCAAGAAGUAGUAUGGGCAGUACUAAUCCAUUAAAAAAGCCCUUUAAACCAACAAGUACCAGUUUCACAUCAUUAGCUAAGCGUCCCAAAACAUCUAAUGAUGAAGUUGUAUGCACACCUGAUGUUCUAAGUAUGUUAGAACCAGAUUGUCAGAUUACGGUUUCACCAAAACCACGCCCAUUGACAUCUCCGAUCACAUCUACUCCAAAAGUGUUAUCAGUUCAAACUGGUUAUGGCAGUUCAAGUGCACAACAAAAUAAAAGUACUACAGCUCCACCGCCAUUAGUGUUGCGAAACACAGAAAUUCAAAUGAGAGCAUUAGGCACAUCACCUAUAAUGCGACGUACUGUUUUAAGUCAACGAGCGCCUAGUCCAGGUAACGUUAGUGCGGCUCCAGUCUAUCACACAAUCAAUGGUUAUCGUAUUGAUUUGAAUUCUGCUGCACUACAAGACACGUUUAGAUUACCGAAUGGUAAACUAAUACAAGUCAAACGUCAAGGAACUGCAGCAAAUACAUCGCCAACAACAAAUAAUACUAAUUGGCAACAGCGAGCAACGACACCUUUAAAUUUUAAUUCGCGUCCUGUACAGAUAACACCAGCGCAACCACAAGCACAUUACGCAAAUAUAACUCAACAACAUCCUAUUUCAUCAGCAACUUCCAAUCAACAGCCACAAAUAAUGCGUUUCAAUAAUUUUGUAACUAAUAAUAGUAACAGUCCCGUCACUCAAAAUGGCACACACAUUCAAAUGAUCAAUGGUGUACCAGCUGCGCCAAUUCAAGUUCAACAAUCUCCAGUUACUGUACGACCGGUUAUACUAAAACAUUUAUUCCCAAAUACUCCUAUUGGGCAAGCACGUACACAGUUGCAGGAACAAGUCUUCAGUGCUAUGGAUAUAUGUCAGCAUCUUACCGGUAAAAUUCAAACUCUUACAAAUUCUAAUGCUUACAAACAAGCACGCAAUUAUCUUGAAGUCAAGGAACUAUAUAUACAUCUAUCCUAUUUACUUACCUAUGCCGUUGGUCGCUUUAAGAGCUUACAAGACAAGUGCAUAACAGAUAUGCGUCAACUUGGAUUUGGUGCUGACGCUGAUAGUUUAGAGAAUGGACAGUUAGCUGCAGAUAAACAAGCAUCAGACGAUGAAGAUAAUGAAAUAGAAAUCAUAGAGCCCAAAACGGAUACAAUCAAUUUAGACUCAGAUAAUGAAGAUGAUGAACCAGUUAAAGCACUAGUGGCGCCAAAAAAUAUUCUUAUAGCUGAUACAACAACAACAACUAUUCUUAAAAAGAAAAUCUUAUUACCAACAAAUACUAAGUUGCAAAUCGUACAGCAAAAUCCAAUGCAACAGAUUCAAAUACAACAAAAUGCCAUACAUAUUAAUCCUAUAACGAAAAAUACACUACAAGGGACUUCAAUACAGUUAAACACAUUACAACAAAAUCCAGCACAACAAAUUCCUGUGCAAUCAUUACUGCGAGAAACUUUACAACCACCAGAAGAAAUAGAUUUUGUGACCGCUGCCCAAAGUUUUCUAGCUAGUAUGCUUGAUAUUGAUGAAAAAGAGCAAAAUGUAGCGCCAUCUUCAGGAGUUCUACAAAGAAAACAACCACGAAAAAAGAUGACAAAUAAACCGAAUCCAACAUUAAUUAAACAAAAACUUAUGCUAGAACGUGAACGUCUUGAAGAAAUGAAACGUAGUGAUACGAAACUGAAAAUGGAAUGUAAGGUUGCAAUAAAAAAGGCUGAAGACGAAUUUCCAAAUAUAAUAAAUAUGUUGAAUGAAAAAAAUGCAGAAACAAAAUCUGAUCUUGAAAAAGAAGAUAAUAAUUCUGCAGAAGUAAUCGAAGCUAAUCGAGAUAAUGAUAGUUCUGUAGAAGUAAUCGAAGCUGAACAGGAUAAUGAUAGCUCUGUAGAAGUAAUCGAAGCUAAACGAGAUAAAGAUAGUUCGGUAGAAGUAAUUGAAGCUAAAUCAGAUAAUGAUAGUUAUGCAGAAGUAAUCGCAGCUAAAGGAGACAAUAAUGAAUCUAUAGAAGUAAUCGAAGCUGAACCAAAUAAUGAUAGUUCUGUAGAAGUAAUCGCAGCUAAACGAGAUAAUGGUUCUGUAGAAGUAAGCAAGCCUAAACGAGAUAAUCGUUCUGUAGAAAUAAUGGCAGCUAGUGAAGAGAAUAAUUCAAAAAUGGAUUUUAAUAAUUGUACUGGUAUUUCUGCAGAUGUUGAUAUCGAACCUACUACAACUGUGACGACGAAAUCAGAUACUUUGAUACAAAGUGUAUGUGAUAAAAAUACGUCUCAAAAAGAUGAAUUUAUAAUUACUUCAAGUGAAAAAGAAAUAAAAAGUUUAAAUACUGAACCAACUGAAAAAAUUGUUUGUCUUGAUAAUAUAAAAGAUGGACAGAACGGUCAAAUAUCGGAAACCGAGGAAAAUCGUAAUAAAAAUGAGGAAAAUAUCAUUUUAACGGAUAUUGUUCAUUCUAAUUCAGAAAUCGAAAGCACACAAACUAUGGAAGUAGAUGAUGACGAUUUAAUUGAGUACAUAGAAGACAAUAUUGUAAAACAAAAUCCCAGAAUAGGUGAUAAUAACGAUACUGAAAAUAGUGUAGAACAAAAAGAAAUGGCAAUUUGCAAAAAAAAUGAUCCUGAAGGUAAUGUGGUGCAAGAUUCAAUUCAAAGAGUAAAAAUAAAUGAUUCGGAAAGUAAAGUAACAUCUAUAUCAGAUUCUAAUAAAGAUACUAAUAUUUGCGAAAAAAUUGAUACGGAAGCUAAAAUAUCAUCAGCGUCAAAUCUAACUAAUGAAAUGGAAAUUGACGAUAACACUAAUUCCCAUAGUAAAAUAUCAUCAGCAUCAGAUCUGAAUAAAGAAGUCGAAAGUUAUGAAAAUACUGAUUCGGAGGAUAAAAUAUCAUCAAUUACAGAUUCAGCUGGAGUAGUUGAAAUGGGCGAAAAAACUGUUUCGGAAGAUCAAAUAUCAUAUAUAUCAGAUCCAACUGAAAGAGAUGAAAUUUGUGAAAAAUUUAAUUCGGAAGAUAAAAAAUCAUCAACGUCAAUUACGGAAGUGAAAUCAUGUGAAAAAAUGAAUCCUGAAGAUAUAAUUUUGUCAGAGGAUAAAUCAAAUGAAAAUAUACAUAAUUAUAAAAAAAUUAAUUUUGAAAAUAAAAUCUCAUCAAUCUCAGAGAUAGUUAAUGAAGUGAAUAUUUGCAAUAAAACUGACACGCAAACUAUAAUAUCAUCAGCGUCAAAUUCAAUAAAAAUUUCCGAAAAAAAUGAUUCUGAUGGUAAAAUCACAUCAAUGUCAGAACCAAAUACAGAAACAGAAAUUUGCAAAGAAAGCUUUACUGAAGAUAAUAUAUCUUCAGUAUCAGAUUCAAUAAAACAAGUAGAAGAUGUAGGGACUUUAAUGGAAAUUGAUGAAACCAUUACUGAGGAUGAAGCGGUAGAUGUAAAUAUGGAAGCAGAAAUGCAUGUGGAUAAGGAAAUUGAAGAAUUAUUACAAAAAGACACAAUUGAAGGAUCUCAAACCGAAUCACACAGAGAAGAUUGCUCAAGAACAAAAGAUGUUGAAGUUACAAGUACAACGGUUGAAACUGAAACUUUUUUAAAUUCUCCAGAUCUAUUUAAUGAUCUAAUCGAAGUUGAUCCGGAAUCAAUGUCUUAAUUCAAGUUUUGCUCUUUAUUCUUCUAUUAUAACUAAAAUAUUCAUUUAUUAUAAUUACUGUAUUUGAAUACACAAU